AUGACGAAGUCAAGCGGGCGUAGUCAUUCGAAUUUUUAUACACGGCACAAACAUAUUCUCCUGACUGGAGCGAUUUUAAUCUUAUUGAUUGUACUUUUUAUGACAAUUGCCAACUUUAUGUUUUCUAUAAUGUCAGGACAUGACGCUCAUAAUACUUCAGUUCACAUUCAACCAGAAACACGUGUGGAGCGAGAGAUCAGACCAGGCUUUCCUCUCAGUAGAAGAUCAUUAUUGAAGUCCCGGGUUGGAAAAGUGAUCGAUGGAGACCCAUCUUUUAGCGAUCAGACGGAGCUUACGAGCCAGAUAACACAAGUUGUAAAAGACGACACAUUUCUAACGAUAAAUGGAAGAGACACUGACACGCGUUUCAAGCGGGAGGUAUCUCGCAAAAGAAGAGAUUGCGCUCUGAACGAUCAAUAUUGUAAGAUGUUGUUGCGAACGGUGAAAGAAUAUCUCGUGACUCUCGAUAAUAAGUUUUCAGCGACAAACGACAAAAAAUCAUUGCCCAAAGAUAUUCUAAAAUGUCUCGAGUGCAAACAGAUAAACAUCGCGAAUGAAAAUGAUGAAGAUUAUACGUCACGAUUGAAAGAUCGAUAUUUCCCGCAUGAUUAUGCCGAGCAAAAUCACCCGAGCGAUUUUAGCACUACCAUCAAGUUACUGGAUGACAGAGAGGCUGAAAAUGGCUCAAAGCGGUCGGAAGUUAAUCAGAUAAAAGGGGCAAAUAUCCAGCCGCUGGAAAUGGACUCAGUUAUCGAUGAUCCAUUACAAAAUGCCACGAAUCAGUCAUUGAAGAACACCAGCAUAUCGGAAAUCAGUACUGUAUCAAUUAAUUACACAGAUUCUAAUGGAAGCCAACAGAUGUAUGUAAACGACACCGACAGUAACAAUUCAGACGUCAGUAUCAAAUGGUCCGACAGUAAUUCAGUGGUAAAUGACUCUCGUGUGACAAAAAGCCAAAACAAUGAAGGCGUUCCUGCAGUGUUGAAAAACGAUCAACAACAAAGUAUAAUAACCGUAAACAAAGGUGUCACGAGCGUAAAGCCGUUGCUCAUGAUGGAAUCGAGCAGUACAAGAAUGCACCAUGGCACUGUUACAGAAGAUGAUGAAAAAUCCAGAAAAACCACGAUUGCAGCUGAUUCGAUAGGAACAAUCGAAACAAGAAUACGGACCAUCAUUGAUCCUACGAAACAGAUUACUGAAAACGUGACGAGUGUGCCAGUGGGAUACGACGUGACCGGAAUCAAUGGCAACACGGUGCAUCCUUCAGCGCAUUCUUCGUUCGAGGGACUCCCGGAAAAUCGAUCGACUACAGCGACGAACGGAUCAAGAUGGAAAGAAAAUCACCGUGAUAACGAGCAGUUUAUGCAGGCCGAUCAUUUCCAGAUAAAAGACAACGGCAAACCAGUAGCCGUGAAGAGCACAAAAUCCUUUCAGCAGUUACAACCGACCCCCACAACGUGGACAAUGCCACAUCCAGUCUGUUUCUUUGGCUAUCCUAGCCAAUCUUCCAACAUGCCAUUAUCUUCAGAAUCGGCAUUUUACUCAAAUCCCUCUUCAAUGCAACAUCGCGGAUUUCCGUUUCAAAACUCGCUUCACCAAGGCUUCUCGCCAAAUUAUAUGCAGAUACAAGCGAAUACGCCUAUGCCAUUUAUACCAAGAUUGAACUACGCCGGCAGUCUACCUCAAUCGAUUGGUCAAGCCAUCGGUCCUACGGGACCUGCCAUGCCAAACGCACCAAUGUUAUCGUUGAAUCAGCAAUCAACCGCAAUGUCCCAGCAGCCAAUUGCAAACAUGCCAUAUUUCUGCGGUUAUAUGUCACUAUCGACCGUUCACUUCCCAUCGAUAUCUGGCACUUCGCAAUCCGACCGCUCUGUCAGCGAAGCUAAAGACCUUCCAAAAGAAUCACGAAAAUUACCUCAUGAAGUCGAUGUUAUCACGCAGCAUAAUCGGCAGUACCCUACGCUCAACAAAUGUCCUAUAAAUUAUCAUCAGUGCGAUAAUCGAUAUUGCAUCCCAAGGAUAAAAUGGUGCGACGGCCGUGUCGAUUGCGCCGAUGCCAGCGACGAAACGAGAUGCUCCUGCAGAGAUCGAAUAUCACGAAAUCGGCUCUGCGACGGUUGCCCAAUGGAAUCUUUCAAUUGUGAUGACUGGGACAAGCGUUAUAAUAGCAAUAAUUGCGUAUUACUUUCGCAACGUUGCGAUGGGAUAAAACACUGUCCUAACGGAAAGGACGAGCUCGACUGCAAUAUGCUUCUAGAACAUAUGAGUUCAAACGAUAUCUUUGCGGUUGGUUAUACUCAAGGAUACUUACAUAAGAAUGUACGAGGAAAAUGGCAUCCCGUUUGCUCAAAGACAUUAUCUUGGGCGGUGGAUGCUUGCGAAUCGGAAAUUGGUUUGCCGCUAACAACAAUGCCAGAAAUACAAAUUGUUCGUAUGUCUAAGAUCUUUCAAAAUCUUUACGUGAUAGAAUCCGACAAUAAUGAUAUAAAGAUGACAUCAUGCCCGGGCACAGCAGUAUUUGUCAAAUGUCCGCCGAUACCUUGCGGCACCAAAGCCCUUCCACGUCAGAACUUCUCUCCCGCCUUCAACACGACGAAGAAUAAUUACAUGUCUAGAAGACAUAUGGAGGAACAAUCCCCCUUGAAAAUUGCGGGAUUUAAUAAGCUGUACCAGGAGACAUUGAGGCUUCUGAAGCCGAAUCAGUUCAUGUCCGAGAAGAAGAUGCAAAAGCAGAUCAAUGAUACCCUCGUCGGAUCGCAAUUGCGAGUAGUCGGCGGCCGAGCAAGUCAGCCUAGAGCUUGGCCUUUCCUGGUCGCUAUUUAUAAAGACGGUUUUUUCCAUUGCGGUGGUGUCAUCUUAAGUGAAGUUUAUAUACUGACCGCAGGCCAUUGUAUGGAUGGAUAUGAAGGGCAUUAUUACGAAAUACAAGCCGGUAUACUCAGACGGUUAUCAUUUUCACCAAUGGCACAGUGGAGAAAAGCGAAAUACGUAAUGAUUCAUCCAAAUUACGUAAAAGAAGAAAUGCAGAACGACAUUGCAGUAAUCAUGUUGAACGAAUCUCUCUUUUUCAAUCGAUGGAUUCGCCAGGUUUGCUUACCAGCGUCAAAUACCGUGGGUCCUGAAUGGAAAGUAAGCCCAUCGCCGCAAUCCAUGUGUAUUGCUAUUGGAUGGGGAUCUACAAAAGAGGAUGGACCAGAUCCGGAUCAUUUGCGAGAAGUAGUAGUGCCGAUUCUAUCAUCGUGUAAGCAUUCGGCUGAUCAGAAUAACGCUACAAUCUGCGCAGGAUAUCCUGCGGGUGGCCACGAUGCCUGUCAGGGCGAUAGUGGUGGUCCUUUAAUGUGCAGAAAUUUAAAUUUAGAAUCACAAUGGUACGCGGCGGGCCUAAUCAGUCAUGGUGACGGAUGCGGACGUCCUGAUGAGCCCGGUGUUUACAUGAAAGUGAGUUAUUACGUAGAUUGGAUUCUGCAAACGUUUAAAAUCUUAGAUAAUCGUGUGGCAUCUCUUUAUGGGAAUAAACCCUUAGAUUCGUGUCCAGGAUUUAGCUGUCAUUCGAGCAUAGAAAAGUGUUUGCCGAUAAAGAAUCAUUGCGAUGGAAUUGUAAAUUGUCUAGACGCAGAAGACGAAAUCGAAUGCCAAAUUCUGAAAGCAAAUUAUGCGAAAUACGGGAAUUCCAAUGAUACAUUCAUAAAAUCACAAGCUAAGGAAGUAUCCAGUGAUAUCACAGAAAAAAAUGAAGUGAACACAGAAGCAAUUCCUAUUUCUACUUCUUCCUAUUUCUUCUAUCAGACAGAAACGCAGACUUACAAUAACGAAAAUUCAAAUAUCGUAGAUACCUACGAGACUACGCCUGAAAUAACGAUGUCGAACGUUAGAUCAACAUUUACCUGCACAGAUCUAAUCCAAACUAUAAAAAUCAAUAAAAGGUGCAAUAAACACUUAGACUGCGAGGACGGAACUGAUGAAGAGGACUGUACAUGUAGAGAUUAUCUGUUGAAUUUUCAACCCACGGCGAUUUGCGACGGACAUCUGGAUUGCGACGAUGAAACAGACGAAAAAGAUUGUGGUAUUUGCAAGAAUAACGAGUUUCAUUGCAGUAGGAGUGGGGAUUGCAUUUCGAUAACGAAAAGGUGUGACGGAAAUUUCGAUUGCUCUCUAAGCGAGGACGAGCUUGACUGCAUUGCAUUGACGAACGGGGAAUACGUUAAUGUAGAUAGUGAUAGUUGGUCCGUUUUAAACACAGAAGGUUUGCUUAGUAGAUAUUACAACGAAACAUGGCAUGUAGAAUGUCCUCAAGCAGAUAUAUUGGAGAAUAAUACAAAAACGUCGAUAAUAGGAGAAAACCUAUGCAAAUAUCUCGGAUUCACGGGUUUGCAAUUAUUGGAUAAGGCCGUUGUGAACAAAACGAUACUAGAAACAAGAUUCUCGCGGAGGUGGGACAAUACGAUGGGUUAUAAACCUUUACCACAGCAUGUUGCGGAGAGUGAGGGAAGCGAGACGUGUACGACGUUACGGUUUCGCUGUAGACCGGUUUUAAGCAGCAGUGCCGACUCGCAUGUGGUCAUCGAUCCGAGAACCGGAAAUCAUACCUACCUGUGGCCGUGGUUGGCGGCCAUCUUCGUCGACGGCAGUUAUCACUGCUCGGCCUUACUCCUGGAACUAGACUGGCUUUUGUCCAGUUCGAGCUGCACGGAAGCUAUCAGAUUAUCAGAGAAUUAUACGACAGCUCUGCUCGGCCAAAGUCGCUCGUUUCUCUACGUGGACGGACCUCAUCAACAGAUAUCGAUCAUUGACGAAAUCAGGGACGUGGAAAGAACAAAUGUCUCGUUGCUUCACUUGAAAACUGCAAUAAAUUUUACACGUUACGUGCAACCGCUGUUUUUAGAGAAAAAAAUAUAUCCACCGGCAAAAGACGAUUUAUGUGUAGCAAUCGGUACAGACAACGAACACGUGACACAAUCGAUCUUUCUUCAACCAAUCCUCCAAAAUUGCGACAAGUGCUAUCGUUGUUUCGUAGAAGCUUUAGGCACUAAAUGUCCGACUAAUGGAACUUCUUCGAAUUGGAACGGUACGGUGUUUUGUCGCAGCGAGAAAGGAUGGUAUCCCGCGGCUGUAUUUCAAGAAGACGACGGCCCAUGCAGCUUCAGAAGCACGCGGAACUUGACAAGCAUUGAUUACAUCCAUGCUUAUCUCACGCAAACUUUGGAGAAAGUGUCGCGACCAACGCCUGAAGCCGCAUGUGACGGUGUUCGGUGCAACAUUGGACAAUGUAUCCCUUGGAAUCAGGUAUGCGACGGUGUGAUAGAUUGCCGAGACGGUGCGGAUGAGAAGAAUGCAAUGUAUUUACAAGUGCAACAGAUUAGAAGAAGAAACGAGACCAAUAGUAAAUGCGCCAAGUCGGAGAUACAAUGCGGGAAUGGUGAGUGUAUCUCGAAGAGCGCAUUUUGUGACGGAAAAGUGGAUUGCUCGAACGGAGCGGAUGAGCCUGUAAUAUGUAGCUGCGCAGAAUAUUUAAAAUUAACUAUGCCAGAACGAUUGUGUGACGGGGUACGACAUUGUCUCGAUAAAACCGACGAAUCGCCAGAAGAAUGUCAAUGUACCAUUACCAGUUUCAAAUGCAAUACAGAAAGCAAAAAUGUUACUUGCAUCUCGCAAGAUUUCGUGUGCGAUGGCGACAAUGACUGUCCGAAUGGCGAAGACGAAACGAAUUGCAGAGGGGUACAACAACUCUCAGAUGACAGACCUGCUGCAGGCGAAGUGAUGCAACGCUCUUAUGGUGUAUGGCAUUCUCUAUGUUAUCCAUCGGAAGUUACGUCGCAGGAGGAGGCAGUAAAAGUGUGCAGAAAUAGCAGUUACACGAAUGGAAUUAUCGAUUACAAAUAUCAAUCGUUUAAUCAGCCUGCUGUUCCAUCUCGCGAUGAUUUUUACAUGAUACGAUUAAAUUCGAACACGUGGAUAACCAUGCGUGACGAUAAACCCCUUAUAACUCUGGUUCGACCAGAGAAACCCUGCUACCGUCUCUUCAUCAAGUGCAGCAAUUAA